CAGACGACAGCAGCACCAGCAUCUUCCAGAAGUUUCUUUACGCGGGUUUGCGGCGACAGCUCGGAUGCGACGCUCCUCCGCGUUUCUCUCGUUCCGUGGUUCGACUUCGGCGGCGACAGCUUCCUGUUCUCGUCUCGGCGCGGAGCAAACAACGCUAUCGACAACUCGGAGGACGAACUGACGCCGCCGUCGUGAUGGGUAAAGAUUACUACAAAGUGCUCGGGCUGGCCAGAGGCGCGUCCGAGGACGAGAUCAAGAAGGCGUACCGGAGACAGGCCCUGCGCUUCCACCCCGACAAGAACAAGUCUGCCGGAGCCGAAGACAAAUUCAAGGAGGUCGCGGAAGCCUACGACGUGCUCAGCGACGCCAAGAAGAAGGACGUUUACGAUCGCUUCGGAGAAGAAGGUUUAAAGGGUUCGGCUGGUGGUGUAGGCGGAGGAGGAUACAGCGGUCAAAGCUACAACUACACCUUCCAAGGAGACCCUCACGUAAUCUUCUCCGAGUUCUUCGGAGGCCGCAGCCCGUUCGAUAAUUUCUUCUCGCAGAAUGGGGAGGAGGACAUGGAAAUCAACGAUCCCUUCACGGCGUUCGGUGGCAUGGGCGGGUUUCACAGGCCCUUCAAAUCCCACGCAGGAGCCCCACACAGGGCGCGCGAGAAGAAGAAGGACCCGCCUGUUGUGCACGAGCUGAGGGUGAGCCUGGAGGAGAUCUUCUCCGGCUGCACCAAAAAGAUGAAGAUUUCGCGCAAGAGACUCAACCCGGACGGCUGCACCGUGCGCAGCGAGGACAAGAUUUUAACCGUCGACAUCAAACGUGGCUGGAAGGAGGGGACAAAGAUCACCUUCCCCAGGGAGGGAGAUGAAACUCCCAGCAACAUUCCUGCAGAUGUGGUGUUUGUGGUCAAAGAUAAACCCCAUCUGGUGUUUAGAAGAGAGGGCUCAGAUAUAAUUUACCCUGCGAAAAUAUCACUCAGAGAAGCGUUGUGUGGAUGCACGGUCAACGCCCCGACCCUGGACGGCCGGACCAUCACUGUGACUUCCAGGGACGUCGUUAAACCUGGCAUGAAAAAGCGCAUCGCCGGAGAAGGGCUGCCCCUCUCCAAGUGCCCCGAGAAGAGGGGCGACAUGAUCUUGGACUUCACUGUUAAAUUCCCUGACAAACUAGGACAAAGCACGCGUGAUGCACUCAAACAGAUCCUUCCACCGUGACCUGAGGCGAUGAAAAGUUUGCCCAAAAAAAGUAUAAAAAAGUUAUCAUUUCCUGUGUAUCAUCACAUUUUGGCCCGUGACAGUUUGAGGCGUGGGGCAGAUUUGGUUCCAGCUGUAAAAUAUUACUGUCUGAACGGCAAAGCUAAAUUCCUUUGCCAGUAUCCAGUCAGUUUAAUGAAUAUCUGAAGACUUGUAAACUGACAGAACAGCUGACUUUUGGCUUUGUGUGGUGCGUUCAGCUGAGGUUGAGUAGCGAUGCCCGCAGCGAUAUCAGAUUCAAGUCAGAAAAAUAAAUGGUGGGUGUGUGUACAGAGGUUAUCAGUGAUGGGUCAUAGUUUGGCUGCAAGAAGGAGAAAGUCCAGAGAAAUGUGAGAAGUGUUUUUUUUUUUUUAGAGGUCAUUGAAUUGUAACCGUUGAAAUUUUUAUUUAGUAACCAAGAAUUUGGUUUCAGUGCAGCAGCCAGAUGAUUAACUAUACCUCAGGUGCACUGUCGUAUGCUUGAAUGUAGCUAUAAAAACCAACAGGAUGUGAUUUGUUUCCGCUAUCCAUGAGACUCUUUGCAGGGCUAAACUCAUAAAUCGUCACGAGAAAAUAUGCCGUGUGGAGCGUAAAAGAUUUCCGAUAUGUAAUCAUACAUAUGAACGAUGCUAUUUCCACACCGCAAUGUAGCACUAAGCAGAUUUUACAUUUUAGGAAAGAAGAAGCACUUCAUGUCCGAUCAGUAUUCUGCGUCGGGAGGAGAUAACCUGAGUCAACGUAUCAAAAGGAGAGAAAAAUCCAGAAUGGUGCGUGUCCCAGGUGUUUCUUUCAAAAUGUUUACUUUUUUGCAAUAUCCUGUUUAACCAGGAGUACACACUUUAUCGUGUUACACAUUUGACUUUUUGUGCCAUAUAAUUAUCCCCAUGUUAUUAUAAAAUAUGUAUGUUUGUGUGUGUGACGUGUAAAGUGCGUUGAGAGCAUGUGUGUCCCGUCAUGUGUGACUAACAAAUUAUUCGAAUCUCAAAGCUUAAUUUGUACACUUUGAAGAUGCACAACAUAUGUAUGUUCAUUUGUUAGUACUCGUCUGUUUGACAGUUUGUUUCAUCUAAAGCCAGUGAGCCUCUUUUUUUUCCAAUUACUUUUUUUAUGAGACAUGAUAUAACUCUGGAGCUUUACUGCGGCACCAGCUUAAAUAUUGCAGAGACUGAGAUUUGAAAAUAAGUUUAAGCCCCCAAUUUAAAGACCUGCAGGAAAGUUUUGUUUCAUUUUUCUGUCUUUUAACACGUCUUUUCUUAUUUCUCAUACUGACUGCGUUCGCUAGAAAGAAGUACAGCAUCUGGAAAUAUUUAAGUUUCACAGUUUAGUAAGAAUGUGAAAGAAACGCUUGAAGUCUGCUUCGACUUUGGUGACGAUGGAGGUUUUGUUAACCAGAUGGUUCAUUUGCACAUUUUAAAUAUUUCUAGCGUUGGUGUGACCUACCUGAACCUGCUCCUGCUGGAGUUUUAAGUUUCUAUUUGACAAAAACAUGUGGUUUAACAUGAUUGUAGAGAUGUAUAAUCUCUGUAAUGGUUAAAUAGUUUUUUUGUUAAAAAAAAAGGAUUAUUGUUUUUCGUUUCCUUGCAAACGUUUUCCUGUUAGUUUUUUUAACGGAAAAAAAGUUAUUAGCAUUAUUUUUGUUCAUCUUGUUCAUGUAGUUUUUGAAAUUCCUCAGGUUGGGAUUCAUGAUUUUUCACAAAAGAGCUUUUAUGAAAUGAUAAUAGAUUUACUUUUUUUUUUAAAUAGAUUUUUCCUAUGCUGUGAUGACUUGCAUUUCCACAUUAAAGAAACUGGCUAGUAUAUCAUUGA